GGAAGUGGUUGAGCGCUGCAUACGUCACCAGAAUAACUCGUGUUAGUUCCAAACUGUCAGGAAACCGAAUUAUUCACAAUCAGAGCCUCUUAAACGAACUGAUAUUGAAGAGUGUUGUUCAGAACAAACUAUUUAAAGUAUGUUUAAGAACUGGGGCAGUUGGCUUGGAGGAGAAAACAAAAAUAUCCAAGAAGGUGAGACUGUUGUUGUUGAUGGUGAUGAAGACCAGGAUGAAGAUGUAAACAAACAGCCUGCUGAGUCUGAGAGGGAGGAAGAGGCUCACCCUCCUCCUCAGGGCUUCAGAGGAUACAUUUAUAACUUUGCCAGCAGUGCCUCAAAGAAACUGUCAGAGUCCGUCGUUGAAACGGCACAAACCUUAAAGAAGAGUGUGGAGGAGGGGAAGAUCAACGGGAUCAUUGAGAAGACCAUUUUGGGUGAAUUCCAGAAAGAACAAAAAAAGUUUGUUCAGGAGAGAAAAGCAAAAUCUUCUGGAGCUGCUGUUCCUCCGUGGGUCGGUUAUAAUGAAGAGGACGCCAUCCAGCAACAGAUCUUAGCUCUGUCAGCUGACAAAAGAAAUUUCUUGCGAGAUCCUCCAGCUGGGGUGCAGUUUCACUUCGAGUUUGAGCAAAUGUAUCCCGUCGCCAUGGUGAUGCUGGAAGAAGACGAGCUGCUCCAGAAGAUGCGCUUCCAUCUGGUCCCCAAACUGGUGAAAGAGGAAGCCUUCUGGAGGAACUACUUCUACCGGGUGUCCCUGAUUAAACAGUCAGCUCAGCUCACAGCUCUCGCAGCGCAACAAUCUGCUGAGAGGAGACACGAGGAGAAAACCAGUGAGACUCUACAACUACAAGAUGUAGUUAAACAGAAAACUUCCCCUGUUGUCUGCAGCAAACCAAAGUCAACAGAGGAUGAAGAGGAGAUCUCCACCAGCCCGUCUGCGUCUGAAUUUGUGAGCGAUGCUUUUGACUCGUGCAAAAUAAACGAGGACGACCUGCGUAAAGAGAUGGAGCAGCUGGUUCUGGACAAGAGGCAGCAGGAGGAGACUCCGGACUGGGAGAGAGAGCUGCAGGAGGAACUUCAGGAGUACGACGUGUUGGCCGAUAACGAGAACCGAGACGACAACUGGGACAAAGAGAUCGAAGAGAUGCUGAUGGAGGAAAGUUAGAGAAAGAAACCUGAACUGUGUGAGGGACAGAAGCAGCACCUGAGAGACGGGUUCAAUGCUCGCAGCAGUAUUAUCAACUACAAUAUUGAUCCUCAAAGAGGAAAGAAGACGGAGAAAAAAGAAGAGGAGAUAUUUUCCCACAUCUCAAGUUCAUGACGUGACCAGCCGGUUCUGCCUAGUGAAUCCAAUGCUUCCUGUCUUAAAGCUGCAUUCUCUCUGCUGUCCACCAGGGGGCGACUCCUCUGGUUGUAUAGAAGUCUAUGAGAAAAUGACUCUACUUCUCUCUUGAUUUAUUCCCUCAGUAAACAUUGUAAACAUGAGUUUAUGGUCUCAAUCUCUAGUUUCAAGUCUUCUUCAAUACAGCAUGAUGUUCAUUUAGUAAAUGAUGCUCCAUUUAGAGUCAAACAGACCAUAAAGCAGGGGAUGCUUUAGGGCGGGGCUACACACUGAUUGACAGGUCGACACCAGAGACGUAUACGGCGUCUCUACGUCACUCCUCCUCAGUCCUUAUAUGGUCACUUCCUGUUCACUGGUUGCAAAAAAACAGAUGGCGACGGUGAGGUCGCUGAGCUCAAGGCUUCAAAACAUCAGACCACAAACCAGUGAGUGAUGUCACGAUGACUCUGCCACUUCUUAUGAACAGAAUACAAGAAUGGGUUUUGUCUUCUUUCAAAAGUUAGUCUCACUUUAAAGAUGAAUUUUCUUUUGCAUAUUAGAAUAUCACGAAUCACAUCAGGUGACAUUUCCUUCCAUGUGAACAGUAAAGUAUAUUUAGAUUUAAUCUUAUUACUGAGCCAACUCUCUUUUUUUUUUUAUAAAUGACAAUUAUGCUGUGAUAGUUUCCAAUCAUUUUUGAUGGCCUAUUUUAAUAGAACUUUUUUAAAUCUGUGAACAGAACAUUACAGUAUUAAAUGUAAUAAGUCACAUACAAAAUAUAUGACUGAAGAUGUUUCUAUUUGUGACUUGUUAUAAUGUUCUUUGUCGAGACGUGUUGGUCCAAACCAGCUUUUUGUCUUUUAUGUGUUUACGUAGUGUUACAUUUUUUAUUAAAAUCUUUCAUUUAC